AUGGGUAAGAGCUCAUGGCCUGAGCUGGUUGGAGUGGAAGGAACGGUGGCGGAGGCUACAAUUGAGAGGGAGAAUCCUUUGGUGAAUGCUAUGAUUGUGCCAGAAGGAUCAUCGGUCAUCUUUGACUUCCGAUGUGAUAGGGUUUGGGUUUGGGUAAAUAAAGAUGGCAUUGUUAAACAAGUUCCAAUAAUUGGAUAA